GGGCUUUAUAAUAACUGAUCAUGUUAGCUUGUUUGCGUGGUGGCUGUCAAGCAAAAUAGGAGGAAGGAACGUCUGGGUAUUCCCCCAGUUACUUACUUUCGAUUUAGAAAGCUAACCUUCCUAACUCUGAAAUGGCAGCACAAAAUACUCAAUCCAAGUUAGUAACUCAGUUAAGAAAUGAUAAUGUCCAACUACGGAACCACACAACUGAUAAUGGGAUCGGACAGGAGCAUGGAUCUGGAAACAAGUUAUGCAUGGAGAAAUGUGUGGCCAAAUUGGAAAUAGUCCUCCCCAGAGAUCUGAAAAAGGAUAAAAAGAAGUAUUACCUGGAAACCAGGCUGGAUGUCCCCGCUCAAGACAUAAUAAACAGAAUAAAAGAAGACUCUGGUUUGAACCACAUCAAACUAAUUUCUGGAAAGAAGAACAUAGAUCCCAUGAAAAGGCUGGACGAGCAGAACGUGAUGACCAAUAGUAAGAUGAAGGUGUUUAGGGCCUCCGAGCCCGAGGCCAUACAAGCCAUGGCUGAGGUGGAGAAGAAGAAGAAAUCGCAGGAUGAGAGCAUGCAGCGCACUCAGAAAGGCUUCCAGAUCCUGUCCGAGAGAGAUGGCCUUGAGGACCCAAUGACGACUCCAUUUUUGGAGAUUGCUGAUCAGAAAGGAAACCCUCUUACAAUUCCUCCUAGUGAGAAAAAGGCUCUGAUCCUGGCCAUGGGCCUCCAUGAGAAGGGCCGAGCGUUGAUGAAGCGCAGGCAGCACGAAGCUGCCCUCAGCUAUCUGAUACAGGCCGACACCGAGUUCAGAAAGUGUGACCCCAAAGUGCUGAACACGGUGGAUAACUAUGCGGUGCUCCAGCUGGACGUUGUGUGGUGCUACCAGGCGCUGGACGCCCUCGACUGCCUGAAGGACAGCAAGGAGCGGCUGCAGUGUGCCGAGGACUGCUUCCGCAAGUGCUACGGUGAGCAGCAGGAGAGACUGCUGCAGAUCAAGGGGAGCUCAGGAGGCGAGGAGGUCCUGUUCCUGAGGCUAUAUCUUCUGCAGACGCUGCUGGCUUAUUAUGAAAGCAACAACGAACUGGCCAAAAAGAUACUGAAAAAGGUGGAAGACCUGUAUGAGCGACUGCGUCUAGACACAGAUAAGCUGAAAAAUCUGGAAAAUCUGAUGGCUAUGGGCUUCAGUGACCAGGAGGCUCGUCUGGGCCUGAGGGCUUGCCAGGGUGACGAGAGCAAAGCAGAAGAACAUAUCAGACAGAGGAGAAAGGAUAAGGAACAGGAUAAGGAAGAGAGGAGGCGACGACAGGAGGGCAUCAACACCUUGGUGGAGCUGGGCUUUGCCAAGAGAGACGCAGCGCAUGAGCUGCAACAGGCCAAUGGUGACGUGGACAAAGCUUAUGUGAAACUUCUUGACUCCCAUGGACAACCCAUGGAUAUGGCCAGCAGCUCUAGCACAAGGCCGGUGGAGACCCAGGCCACCCAGCUGCUCUCACCCUCCCCGCCCUCCACCUCCUCGCCCUCGGAGGAGCCCAGCACAUCCUCAGAGUCCACAGGCACAGCCAGUCUGGACGCAGACCUGGUGAACGAGGUUCUGGAGGACAUUCCUGAGCAUGAGGAAGACUAUCUAGACCUGACGCUAGAUGAAGAGAGAGUAGUCAUCGACAAGAUAAAAUCAUACCUGGAGGGAAAGGAAACGUCCUGCUAAGAGAGGUUCAUCCAAUUUCAAACACACUUAUUGGCACGUUUAUGGGCUACAGUAAUUUCCCGCAUAUAAGCCGCAUUGUGUAUAAGCCGCAGGACAGUUUUGUAUGCAAGUUAAAAGAAACAAAACCAUAUUAACACCAUAUUAACUGCCCCCUGUAUUAACCUCAUAGCUGACGAAAUUUUGCAAAAUCAAUGUAUAAGCCGCUAAUAGUCUGGAAAUUACGGUAAGAAUUGCUGGAGACUGUAAGCCCUUAAAGAGACCCUAUGCAACUUUUUCAUAGUCAUAAAAUCGCUCAGAAAUCGUUGUUUUGCUUGACUGACCAGUUUCAUCGAAAACAGUAAUAUUUCCUCCCGCCCCCAGUGUCCCUAUCCGCUAUUGCAUACAUGGGCAACAUACGGUCCGCGGGCUUUCCCUGACCGGCCCGCGUAAGGUCCGUGAAAAAACAUCAGUCAAGCGCCUAGCAUAGAGAUAAUGCACGCAAAUCACCAUCGCUGCUUUUAUUUUGAAAGUGACUGCUAUUUUUACACCCAUACGUCUGUGCGUGCAUGGAUGCAUACGACGUAAACACCCUCACCGAUGUGCUGGUGAAUAAAGUUUUGCAUCGAUAAAUGCAAUUGCUUUUACAUCGGCGCAAUAACCCUCCGAGUUGUGUCUCCGGUGUCUGCAUCGCCGACCACCGCAACAGUCAGAAUGCUGCGGCUGAUUGGUGGCGAUAGGAAGUGUUGAUUUCAAAACGGUACUGACAGAUAGACAGUUUACAAUCGGAUAACAACGUCAUUGUAACCAAAAUAUGUUUGAGUUUAUCUGCCAAGCUUAUGUCAGCGAAUUAGUAGCCUAGUAUAUAGCCUAGGCUACUACCCACAGGUUGCUUGAAGCAGCCGGCUGAACACAGAGGGCGAGUUUGACCAAUCAGUCUUUUGUAUAAAGUUAAAGCAAACACAUAGCCUUAAUUCUCAAAAUUCGUUUGUGAAUGUUGAUUAACUAGACUACUAUUUUCUGCUCCACAUUUUCAUAGUCUAAUUCUGUAGAGUUUAAAUUAUUUAAAUUAUGGUCUUCUGUAGAGUUCAUGGUAAAUUAUGGAAAUAUUGCUUGAAAUAAUGGUGGCACAGGGAUAAGUUUGUAGGCUACUGACUCCAUCACAUUUUCAUGGCCUAGCAUAGAAGCUUUUUUUUUACAUUUGUAUACUGAAAAACAACAACAUGUCAAUGUCAAACAAUUACUUUAUUUUAAAUACUGGACAUAUAGGCUAUGAUUGCCGUUUUUACUUGGUCUCCCUCACAUUUUCAUCUCUACUCUUACUAGUAGGCCUAGUAACCAAAACCAUACGAUUUACUUAAUGUUGUACAAGAACAGAAUAGAAUUGAACAGAACUGAGUUCAGACUUGAGUUUGGCGUUUUGAGUUUGGCGUUUUGGGUCCGGCCCUCCGCAACAGUUUCAGUGUCUCAUGUGGCCUCUUGCGUAAAUUAGUUGCCCACCCCUGCGCUAUUGCAACCUUGCAGUUUCUGCAGGAGACGAUCGCUCCUUGUUUACAUCUGGAAGUCUGAGACACGUAAGGAGCAAGAAGAACCACGCUGGCAAUUUAUAUAUUUAUAUAUAGCCUAUAUAUGUAUAAAUAUACACGCUAAAGCUGUCGGGGAAGCUCAGCAGAGAAAUAUGCAAGCAUAAAACGAGCGAAAACGAAAAACGAAACCGAAAACAGAGAUUAAAUCGCCAAUCCUGCAUAGUUCCUCUUUAAAUGUGUUUCCUUAAAGGAAUUGAGCUUUGAUGGCUUACAGUAUAUGUUAUUGAUUCAGGCCUUUAAGAGUGGGAAUUUGUUUUGUUGAUGAGUUUCUGCCAUAAUUAAUAAUUAAAUUAGAUUACAUUUUAAUUAAAAAGACUUUGCAUUUAAUUGGUACAUUGAGUUAUGUCACUUUCGAGACAUUUUGUUCAUGUGGUUCAGUACUGUAAUUGUUGUCAAUUAAUUUACUUCCAAAUGCCAGAAUUUCACGUUUGUUUCUGUGGUUCAUGUAGUAAUUGUGUUCAUAUUACAUGCAAUAUGUCCUUGUUUUGGUUUAUCAUAGUACAGUGUAAUUUUCCACUCUACGAAGCAAACAUUAAUUACAUCAAUAAUGGAAUGAUCAUUUUUAAUGAUCAAAAUCUUAAUUUUUUGAUAAAAUAUUGAUAUAGAAAUUAAACUUCAAGUAUAAAUCAACAAAUCAACAAUGUGAUUUGAACAUCUUUGAGCACACUGGUCAAUAGAGCCUACUAGUACAUCUAAACCCUGCACAGAAUUUCUGAAUAGUUUAGCAAGGUUUUGCAAGGACUCCAUUGUCUGUAAUACCCUUUUGUUAUUGGAAAUGCACCAAUCUGAGAACUGAGUGUUUGUCAGAAACUGAUCACAUUGUAUACAACAAGUUGCUGGUGUCUCUGUCGCAUUCUCACCAGGUGAAUCUCCAUGGAAAAACUCCAUC